AUGGAAAAUAUUAACAAAAAAGACGUUUUCGUAAACUUUUUUAAAAUGUGUGAUAAAAAUAACAUUGCUAAUGUUAUACAAAAAUAUUGUGACGACGAUCAUGGUGUAGUUCUGAAUAGUCAUCCCGCAAAAAAUGAAGAAAAAUUUGGAUCAAUUUAUGAUUAUGCAAUUUCUUCUCAGUCAAAAAAAUCUGAGACACAAAAUGCUUCAAGCAUUUCAAGUGUAUCAAAUGUUUCUAUUUCUACACCACCUUCAAAAAAGGUGACGCACCAAAAUAGUUCCAAAAGCAUUGACGGUAGUAUACGAUCUACAUGCUUUUAUAAAAAUACAAAAUCACAGGAAAGUAUGCAAACCAUUAAAGAUGAAAUUGAUGUUAAAGUGUGCAAAUCUCAAAAUAAAAAUAAAAAAUCAAUUAAAGAAGAUGAUGAAAUUUCAAAAAUAAUUGAUAGUAUGUGUGAAAUUAUGGCCCCUGAUGGAAAAGGAAAAUUUUUAAAAUUUAUAGGAGGCAAUUACGUCUAUGUUUUACUGGAAAAUGGUACAUAUAAUUGCUAUCCAAUUGAAAUGCUCAAGUUAAACCGUGGAUAUUUAAAGACAAAUGCAAUGUACAACACCCGUUUUAACUGCAAGGAUGUUGCUUUAAACCAUACAAUGAAUAUUUUAAAACAAAAAGGCGAUCCCAUGAAUAAACAAGAGAAUGAUUUAAAUAGAAGAAUAACUAAUGAUGAAUUUGUUGAUUUUUCUAGCAAAAUGAACUACAUUAAAGAUUACAUAGUAAAAAAUGAUACAAAUAACGAGAGCAUACCAAUAAAGAAUUAUUUGAUUAAAGAAGUUGUGGAUAAUUCAGAUCAAAAAUACGACGAAAAUAAUAAUUCACAUCUUAUGGGGUAUCAUAAUCUGGUUAAAGAGGAUGUUAAAGUCAAAUCAUUGAACAAUCAAUACAAAAUCGAAGGGUUCAAUUCGUAUAUUCCGGUUGAUUAUAAAAUUGAAAGUUCUGAAAAAUGCCGUCUUUAUUGUUGA